AGCUCACCCACCAAGAAAGCCACACUUAAGGACUCUCCUACUUUCUCUUGUCGUUACACCUAACAACUCUCCCUAAUCUCUCUAACGACUGUCCCUCCUACUUUCACCUUCUCCAUUGUUCACGUAAUGAGCCUUUUCAGACAGGGGAGGAUCCCUUGACUUUGGUGGACUCACAUAUGAGGAACUUACCAAAUUACCUCUGACCGAAGAAGCUGCUUGGAGGGGUAGUGAAACAUUUUUACCUAACAAGAAAGCAGUCCAGUUGACAUGACUCAACCUCCAGCUAACAUGAACUACUCUAGGUUUUUGACGGCUGUGAGUGCAGCCCGGAGGCCGUCCCUAAUCCGCGUCCUGACGGAGUUGCAGCAGCGCUCUCCUCCCAGCCUGAUCUCUCUCGCCGGGGGAGCCCCAAACCCCAACACCUUCCCUUUCCGCUCUGCCACUAUUCAGAUAAAAAAUGGAGAAAAAAUCACGUUUGAUGAGACAGUGAUGAAAAGGGCUUUGCAGUAUUCUGCCUCUUCUGGCAUUCCAGAGUUGAUCUCAUGGUUGAAGGAGCUGCAGAAGAGGCUACACAAUCCUCCCACUGCGACAUUCAGCCCAGAGAGAGGACAGAUGGAGCUUUGUGUCACCACUGGCAGUCAGGAAGGACUCUGCAAAGUUUUUGAGAUGCUCAUCAACCCCGGUGAUAAUGUCCUUCUCGAUGCUCCAACGUACUCAGGAACUCUAGCAGCGAUGCAGCCACUGGGAUGUAACAUCAUAAAUGUGCCUAGCGAUCAGUAUGGAAUGAUCCCAGAGGCCUUAAGAGACAUUCUGGCCAGAUGGGACCCUGCAGAUGCACAGAAACUGGGUAGCAGUGUCCCCCGAGUCCUCUACACCAUCCCGAAUGGAGGAAAUCCUACAGGCGCCUCCAUGACUACUGAAAGGAAACAGAAGGUCUAUGAGCUGGCACAGAGUUAUGAUUUCCUGAUUAUCGAGGAUGACCCGUACUACUUCCUACAGUUUCAGAAGCCCUGGGCUCCUACGUUUCUCUCUAUGGAUGUUGAUGGGAGAGUGAUACGAACUGACUCUUUUUCCAAGAUCCUGUCUUCAGGAUUGAGGAUAGGUUUCGUCACAGGACCGAAGCCGUUAGUGGACCGCGUGGUACUUCAUAUCCAAGCGUCUACCAUGCACACCAGCACCUUCACACAGCUCAUGGUGUCGCAGCUCCUGCAUGUUUGGGGACAGGAGGGUUUCCUGAAACACAUUGAUGGCGUGGUGGAGUUUUACAGAGAGCAGAGGAACGCCAUGCUUUCUUCAGCAGACAAGUGGCUCAAAGAUGUAGCAGAGUGGCAUGCACCAGGAGCCGGCAUGUUCCUGUGGAUUAAACUAAAGGGCAUUAAAGAUACACAUAAGCUAAUAAUGGAAAAAGCACUGGAGAAAGAGGUACUGCUUGUGCCCGGAGGAGUGUUUAAUAUUCACAGCUCCGAGCCAUGUCCAUACGUGAGAGCGGCCUUCUCUUUGUCCUCACCGCAGCAGAUUGAUGAGGCUUUCAAGAGGCUCUCAGCACUUAUCAAGGAGGCUUUGUGAAAAACUUUUUUCCUAACAAGUAUGAAGUAUUGUGUGUGUUAAGUGAUGUGUUUGCAUAGAGACACUGUACAAUGCUGCUGAGGGUCAAAGUUCUCACUACUUUGUUCUUCCAUUAUCAUUUAAAAUUAAAUCUAUAAUUCAUAGAUACAUGUUGAUUUUUAUAUUAAGUAUGGUUAAAAAAAGACCAGAGAAACUCCAACAAACUCAGUUAAUACACUAUAUGAUCUGUUUUUGUUUACCAGUCAAUUUUAAGAGAAACUGUAAACAAAUGAAAUAAUAAUAUUUUUACAUGUGAAUGAUGCAAAACAGGUGCUCAGAGGUGUAAUAAAUUAGUGUUCUUUGAAUU